ACGAGUCACAUAUCCAGAAAGCAAAGCUCAGUGUCUCCUCUCUCCACAGUAUUAAAAGGUCCGAGCCAAUUCGUUGCUCGGCAAAUCCAGAGGAGGAGUGACCCUAAAUCCUGAAUUGACAUUUCCUCGUGGAAGACCGUAAGAUCGGCGAUCGCCAUGUCCUCUGCCGGCCGAUUUCUCUCUCUCAUAGGCUUCAUUUUUCUCUUCCUCUCUCCCGCUACGUUUGCCUCCGAGUCCGAUCAUAAGUAUCAAGUAGAUGAUCCAGUUAAACUUUGGGUGAACAAAGUUGGUCCUUAUAAUAAUCCUCAAGAGACGUAUAACUAUUACAUCCUUCCAUUUUGCCAUCCAGCUGGUGAUCCUGCUCACAAAUGGGGUGGCCUCGGUGAGGUCCUCGGUGGAAAUGAACUUAUAGACAGCCUGGUCGACAUAAAGUUCCGAAAGAAUGUUGAUAAAAGUCUGAUAUGUCGACUUGAUCUUACUGCGGAGAAAAUCAAACAGUUCAAGGAUGCAAUUGAGAACAGUUAUUGGUUUGAAUUUUUCAUGGAUGACCUGCCAUUAUGGGGCUUUGUUGGCGAGUUACACCCGGAUAAGAACAGCGAUAACAACAAGCAUGUUCUUUACACACAUAAGAGCAUUACUGUUAAAUACAACAAUGACCAGAUCAUUCAUGUUAAUCUCUCUCAAGAAACCCCAAAGCCCUUGGAAGACGGGAAAACUCUGGACAUGACAUACUCUGUUAAGUGGGUUCCAACUAAUAUCACUUUUGGACGUCGUUUUGAUGUUUACCUUGACUAUCCUUUCUUUGAGCACCAGAUCCACUGGUUCUCUAUUUUCAAUUCUUUCAUGAUGGUUAUCUUCCUCACUGGUUUAGUGUCGAUGAUAUUGAUGCGGACUCUGAGGAAUGACUAUGCAAAAUAUGCACGGGAAGAUGAUGAUUUAGAAACUCUGGAAAGGGAUGUGAGUGAAGAGUCUGGGUGGAAAUUGGUUCAUGGAGACGUUUUCCGGCCUCCACAGAACUUGGUUCUUCUUUCAGCCGUUGUGGGGACUGGUGCUCAGCUAGCUUCACUCGUCCUCCUAGUCAUCUUACUGGCAAUUGUGGGAACGUUGUAUGUCGGGAGAGGAGCAAUUGUUACCACUUUCAUAGUUUGUUAUGCUCUUACAUCAUUCAUUUCUGGUUAUGUGAAUGGUGGAAUGUACUCCCGCCAUGGUGGUAAAAGUUGGAUAAAGUCAAUGAUUCUCGCAGCAUCUCUAUUUCCAUUUAUGUGCUUUGGGAUUGGAUUCAUUUUGAACACUAUUGCGAUAUUUUAUGGGUCCCUGGCUGCUAUUCCCUUUGGCACAAUGGUGGUGGUUUUUGUGAUUUGGGCUUUCAUUUCUUUCCCGUUGGGCCUUCUUGGCACUGUUGUGGGCAGAAACUGGAGUGGUGCUCCUAACAAUCCAUGCCGUGUGAAGACAAUACCUCGUCCGAUUCCUGAGAAGAAGUGGUACCUCACGCCUUCAGUGGUCUCAAUGAUGGGUGGACUGCUGCCAUUUGGAAGUAUAUUCAUUGAGAUGUAUUUUGUCUUCACAUCCUUCUGGAAUUAUAAGGUUUACUACGUUUAUGGCUUUAUGCUACUGGUUUUCUUGAUUCUCAUCAUUGUAACUGUUUGUGUGACAAUCGUGGGGACAUAUUUCUUGCUCAAUGCUGAGAAUUAUCACUGGCAAUGGACAUCAUUCUUCUCCGCAGCCUCGACAGCUGUAUAUGUUUACUUCUACUCUAUAUAUUACUACUACGUGAAGACAAAAAUGUCGGGCUUUUUCCAGACCAGCUUCUACUUUGGAUACACUUUGAUGUUUUGUCUUGGUUUAGGAAUCCUUUGUGGUGCUGUCGGUUAUUUGGGCUCCAACCUGUUCGUGAGACGAAUCUACAGAAACAUCAAGUGUGAUUAAAGGUUCUUGGGAGAAAAAGACUGGACGGUGCUUCCCUGAGCUAGUUAUUACAUAUGUUGAAACAAUUGAUCUAGUAGGGAGUCCAUGGUAAUGCAUGGAGUACCCAGCAAUGUUUGCAGGUGCAAAACACGGUCUUAGAAGGGGGAAGUACUGGGGAAAUCCCUGAUAUUUUCUUCUUUUGUCUCUGUACCUUUUUUCCCCAUCCACUACUGAAAGCCUUAAUUUACAUUUGAGAUGUGAUUUUUUAUUAUCUGAGAAGCUAGCUAGUCACACAACAUAGACAAAUAUCUUGCAAAGUUUUGAUAUUUCAUCUUUUUAACAAAUAGGUGUUCCAUGUAAUGGGAAGAUGCUCAAUAUCCCCAUCUCUAGAAUUUGUUUUUGUUGCUUGCGAGGUGUUAAAAGUAAAUUUCUCUUGGUCCUAGUUGGGUCCAGAUGAUACUAUUUCUAUGAAUCCAUCAAGUUGUUUUGCAUAUA